AUGGCUCAGGACGAGAUCAAGCGUCUGGCAGGCAAGCUCACGCGGCAGGAAGAGCGUAUCGAAGAGCUUAGAGAUAUUCACCGGCUAGAGUCGAAGUCUCAGUCGGACCAGAUCGACAAGCUCAGAGCACAUGUCGACGAGGCGGAGGCUUUGUUGAAAGCGACAUCGAGUUCCACUACGCGAGCCGAGGAAGAGUCAGCGAAGCGAAAGGCUGACAUCGAGCGCCUGCAAACGGAGAUGGACCGUAUGAAGGGCGCUGUCAAGGACGAGGAGGAGAAACGGGUCAAGGCUGUGGGCUUGCUGAAGACAGUGCGACAGAAGCUCGUGAAGGCCGAGAAGGAGCGGGACGAUGCCCUGAAGGAUAUUCAAGGCGUCAGAGAUAAGGACAAAGGAGAGCUGGAGAAGGAGAGAGCGGAGAAGGCGGAGUUGAAGCGCGAGAUUGAGCGGGCGACCGCAGAACGGGAGACGGCCUUGAACGGUCUCAAGGCUCACUUCGACAAGGAGGUAGCUGCUCUGAAGGAGAAGCACGAGAAGGAGCUGGCCGCGAUCAGAAGUCAGUUCGAGCUUGAAGCUAUCACGACGAAGACGUCGUUGGUGAAGGACAUAGAGAACCGAGAUUCCCGUAUCACGGAUCUUCAGAGUUUGGUUCGCUCGCUUGAAGGGGAGAAGGACGAAUUUUUCGACCAGCUUCAACUUCGUCAGGCAGAGCUGGAAUCGUCACGAUCCCGUUUGGAGUCACUCGAAGGCCAGACGACCGAGUUCCAAUACCAACUUCGUGAAGCCAACGAACGCAUCGCGCUCCUAACAGAGGAGCUCUCAGAUGCCCGUCGAGAGCAAGAGACCAAAGCACUCAACAUCGGUCCUUCUGCGGAGCACAUAUCUCGGCUGCUGUCCGCUGCCGAAUCCAAGUACGAGGCGCGCAUCAGUGAUCUUCGCAGCAGUCUGAGUACGGUUGAGCGGGAGCGUGAAGAAAGCGAGGCUUUAUGGAGUCGGAAGUUGGCGGACAAGUCCAGAGAGCUGGAUUCCCUCAGGGACGUCCUUAAUUCGUCAGCCAGAAGCCGAGAGCAGGAAUCCGAGAACGUAGGAGCUCUCAAGGAGGAUAUCGUUAGGUUGAAGGAAGAAGUGCGAACAUAUCAGCUACGCAUUUCUGACACGCGUAUACAAGCCGAACGGGCCGUGGAAUCCGAGAAUGGUCUCAAAUCGCAGAUUUCGGACCUUAACGCGAGGAUCACUGCUCUACAACAACUUCUUGAGGAGGGCAAAGCCAGAGAAGCUCAGUUGCGAGCACAUCAUAAAACCUUGCGUGAAGAGCUACGCAAGGUCCAGUCAUCUGCAGCGCUUCUUGAGCGGCAACGAAACCCAGGCGUUGGAUACUGGGCUUCGCGACAAGAUCCUUCUGGCGAACGUUCACCGAGGUCGUCGAUAGAUGGUCGUGAUACUCCAUCCAGACCAAGCUCGCCUGCUCUCUCGCAAUCUGACGAAGAACUCAACAUCGAGUACCUCAGGAACGUCAUCUUGCAAUUCCUUGAGCACAAGGAAAUGAGGCCACAUCUUGUGCGCAUACUGUCAACAAUCCUGAGAUUCACUCCCCAGGAGACCAGACGGCUGGUGUCCAAGGUGUGA